AUGGCGCCACAAGGAGUCGCAUAUCCCAUCGAAGGAGGGUGUGUUUGUGGAGGAGUCCGUUAUUCCAUGACAACAGAGCCCAUGAUUGUCCACUGCUGUCACUGCCGAUGGUGCCAGCGGGAGACUGGAGCUUCCUUCGCACUCCACGCUAUGAUCGAGACGGAGAGAUUGAAACUGCUCAAGGGCGAGCCGGAAUGGACUACGGUACCGAGUGCAAGCGGCGCUGGUCAGCGUAUGGCUCGGUGCCCUACAUGCAAGACCGCUGUUUGGAGUGUUUACAACGCUGGGGAAAUCAGAGCGCGUGUGAAGGACUCUAUCCGCAUCGUCGAUGUCGGGACAUUGGACAACCCGGAUUCUUGGCCGCCCAAUGCCCAUGUUUGGAUUUCCGACAAACAGCCAUGGAUUAUCCUUUCAGACAAAUCUCCCGCUUUCCAAGACGACCAGUAUGUUCGUGAGGAGGUGUGGUCAAAGGAGAGCCUGGAGCGGAGACGAAAGGCAGGGGCGUUCUCUGAGGACGAAUAA